CCGUCAUUGUUCUUUGGAUUUGUUACCCGACAACAUCCAACACCGCUUGCGCCAGCCGCGCCCGCUUAUCAUCAUCGACAGCUUGGUGUAAACUGUCGUCUCUCCAGAGAAUCUCCCCUCUCGACACGAGCCCCGGCUGGUCUCGACUACAGUACUUGCUACGCCGACAGACAUCUCUAUCAGCCAUCGACUUACGAACCAUCAUUCCGCCAAUACCGCGACCGAAGCAUGAGGCUGUGAUUUCUACACUAGCUCGAAACUCCGCCCAGAAACUACACAUACCCCGACUAUUCCAAGCCACGGCAGCUUCAAAAUCCAACCAUGAUGGCGGCGCCCCAGCUGCUUCUGCGCAAACCUAAUGGCACCGCUGCCGGCCAGGCCACCAAUGAUGCCCAGAAUGCACCCAAGACCAAGCCUCAGUCCGAGGGCGAAAAGGUGGUUGUCCGUCGACUUCCUCCCCUGCUAACCGAAGAAGAGUUCUUCAAAAUCCUCGGCGACGAAUGGAAAGUCGGCCAUGGGAAGGUUGACUGGUUUUCAUACUGGCCUGGCAAGAGCUCCCAGCAUCCCUCAAGGCCAUCUCGGCCCUCCCGCGCCUAUUUUCACGUUAUCAGGAAAGAUGACCUUUUAGUGCUCUCACAAGCCGUACAGAAUGGCGUUUGGGAGGACGCCAAGGAAUCCUACAACGACCCAGUCCUGAUCCUGCCGCCCACAGCCGAGCUGUCGAUUCACAAGAAGAUUCCGAGCGACAAGAAACGGUUGGAUAACCGCCAAGGCACUAUCGACCAGGAGCCCGAGUUCAUGGCCUUCCUUGAGAGCCUUGCCAAUCCCGAUGCCCACAAGACUACAGAUACUGCCGGUGAACCGAAUGCCGAGGAAACGUCAGCCAAGCCGGAAAAGGUCACCACCACGCCACUCGUCGAAUAUCUUAAGGAGAAGAAAGCACAGAGAGCCAAGGAGGCGGCACUUGCCAGGAGCGCCAAGCAACAUGCUCGACAGGAAUCGCAGGGAGGAAAGACCAAGACUGCCACCGCGACUAUUACUCUGGAGGAGUUGAAAAAGCGGGCUAGAGAAGCCAAGGGCGAGAAGACGGAUAAGGCUUCAGAGAAACCGAGGGACAAUGUCAAGAUUUUGACAAGAAGGGGCGCAUCAAGUGCUGCAGCGGAAGCCGCCAAGGCUGCCAAUACGGUUGCCAGCCAGAUCCAGGACAACGCCCGGUCCAGCUCAAAGGCUGACUCCCAGACCAAGGCCGCCCAGAGCUCGUCACAAUCCGCCACUCAGUCGACUCCUUCAGCCGACGCAACAUCAGAGCUACCCAAGAGUCGACGCGCAGGCAUCGCCGCAGCAGCACGCAUCUUACAACGUGAUCUGGGCCUCAGCCCGGGCAACGCUCACAGAAAGGCACGUCAGGAGGCAGCAAAGGCUGAGGCUGACGCAAAGGCCAGCGCUGCUGCUACUGCCAGUGCCAAUGCCAGUGCUGCCAAAGAAACUGCAUCCAGGGAGAAGAAGGAGAAGGAGACAACUCCUGCGCCGGCUAGCUCUGAACGUUCUUCGACGCCAGCCAAUGCUGCCGACUCUUCGGCUGUUGCAUCGCCUUCGGCGUCUGCUAGAGGACGAGAGUCAGCCUCCGGAAGAACGCGCGGAAGGAGAGGCCGAGGUGGGACUACAGAGGAAGGAUCAAAGUCAAAGGGAACAGACGGCGGCAAGGAGACCAAACCUGCCGAGGUCGCGACACCACAACCGCCGAUCAAGCCAACAAUGAUCCUCAAGAAGAGGGAUUCCACACAGGCGACUCCAUCUGCACUCUCGACGCCUUCGACGCCUGUAAAUGCCCAACCGCCGGCCUUAUCAGCCUCGCAAAAACCUAGUUCCCCCAAGCAGCCUUCCACUGGGGGCAGGCAAAGGGGUGGUGGCCGCGGAGGCGAAGCUAAAGAGAACGUCCAGCCCGGCAGCAACGCAGCCAACACCCCAUCCACUCCGGCCCCCACAGGUCCAACCCAAGCCUUCAUCAAGCACGCUCACCAAACACAGGGCGUCGCCGAGUCAACACUACGCGAGGCUCUGCAAGCCUUCGGUGCCAUCAACUCAAUCGAUCUGCGAAAGAAGGGUUUGGCCUACGUCGACUUUGCGGACCCCGAGGCGCUGAAGAAGGCUAUCGCCGCGAGUCCCGUAACGAUUGCGCGGGCGAGCGUCACGAUUCUAGAGCGCAAAUCGGAUACCGAUAAGAAGGAAGACGGCGGCAAGGAUAAGGACAAGGACAAGGAGACUGCUGCUGCCGGACCUGCGGCGGCGAGUGCACUAGCGGAGAAGGAAAAGACGGUGCCAGAGAAGGAAAAGGAAAAUGAGAAAGAGAAAGCGCCAGAGAAGGGGAGGGAGCGAGAAAAGCGCGAUGAUGAAAGAAGAAGGGGAAGAGGCAGGGGCAGAGGACGCGAUGGCGGCGGUGGCGGCGAUAAAGACAAGGAGAAAGAGAAGGAAAAGGGCGAGAAGGGUGUUGAUUCGAGGGGAGGAGCAAAGGGCGAUGCCCCUGGUGGUGGUGCAAAGGAAGCCGUUCCGCAGGAGGGAGGUGGUUCCGAUCGUCCUGUUAGCACUCCCAAGGCCGAAAGAGGCACCGUUGCUUCUGCUUCGGCCCGACCGACCUCAGCACAGGACAAGGGCGAGAAAGACAAAGAGAAUGACAAGGGUGAGAAGGGCGAAGGCGAGAAGAAGGGUGAGAAUCGCAGUCGCAGAAGACGCGGCGGGAGAGGAAGAGGUGGUGGUGAUAAGGAUAAGGAGAAGGAUAAAGAUGGCGGUGGUGCCAAGAAGGCCGAGGGUGGUGGGUCCGCUCAGGCCGCUCCGGCUUCGUGAGAUUGGGAACGCAAAUGACGUUCACGAGCACGGCCUUGCGAUAAAAUAUGAUGAGGAAGAAGAUAAGAAUAUGACUAGUUGAGAGAUGAGCAAAGUCUAAUGAAUGAUGGUAUCUUAUCAACGUCCUACCG